AUGCCAAAUCCAACUUUAGUCUUGAACCACCUCCUUCCUCUUAAUGCCCUCGGAUUGGGUUAUCUUACAUUAUACCCUCAGGAUCCAGCACAGGACUCGUAUCUGCCUGAUCCAGACUCGUUUUCGGACAGUGAUGUCAUCACGCAACACCUCGAGAACUUUAGCCACAUCCUUGAUCGAACCACCAUCUCACGAUUUCACGCCUUUUUAUCAAGCGCAAUUCGCUCUGCAUACAGUAAUAAAAAUGUUUCCGAGAUUGACAUAGCCUCCGCUCUCUGUGUCACUCGUCAACUGAGGAACACCGAAGGGAUUUUCCGGAAGAUCUGCCAAUUACCAUCUGCUAGGCGAUGGUUGGAGCGCGCAAUCAGGAGAAGACAGCAUGUCUAUCUAGUUGUUGGGUUGAAAACGUUGACGGACGCCCGUAUUAGUCAAGGGAAAUCGCGAGCAAUAGAGGCUGAAGCAGAAGUCAAGGUACCCACAACGCUGGCGGCUGCGGCAAGUGGGGUCGUAUUGCCGUUGGGAGAUCUUUUGGACGUGAGCGCAGGAUUGUCCCACCAAAAGCAGGAUAACGAAAAAAUAAGCUUCGUUGCACCUGGAGAGCAAAUAUUUGCUGUCCAAUAUCGCAAGAUUGAGUUUGCAAGAUUUUCGGGUCGGGAUAUCGAUAAAGCCUCUCUUGAGCUUGGCAACACUUGGAAAAUCUACGUCGAGGCGAGAGGAGGGGAAGAGGAGGCGGAGGAAGUCGUCCAUGCGAAGAGUGCCUUUCGAGAGUUUCGUCCUUGAUCACGAAGAACUUUAUUAUCUCUUUUAAUCUCAAUAGCAUCAUAUCGCAUUCCAAUGGACAGAAAAGAGUAAUGAACGGCUAGAUUUCUCAAAAGCGGGUGGCAGCGACUUGCUGUAAAGAUCGCCACCCGGCUCCUCUCCAUCUAUUCUAGGCAGCGUUCUGCUUUUCUUAUAGUUACUGACAUUUGCCGCAAAAACUCACAGAUUAUGCUUCAACUGAGUGCUCUGAGCGAAGUAGUAA